CCCAUCUCUCGCUCCGCCGAGCUCGCUCUCCGUUUAUUUGAGCUAAAACUGAAACAGCCACCACCUCUUCCUCCUCCACCUCCUCCUCCUUAUCUCUCGGGUUUCCUCCGAUCGCUGCUGCCCUCUCCGAAAUCCCAAGUCGGAUUCCGGAUCGCAGAUCCCUAUCGCCCUCCACUUUGUAAGCUUCGGAAGAUCUCGGCGCCGGUGGCUUCCUUGGGUGCUUGGUCGUCGGAUCGACGAGGCUUUCGAUCAGAAGGUUCCGUUGCCAUCAGCAAGCAGCUUCGAUGGUAUGUAAUGCCGGCAUAGGCAACUUUGUCAGUCGGACAAAGAACCCAGAGGAUCCCACUUUAGCAGAAGAGGGGCAGAUAGAGGACUCGAGUUGUUCCCGGAUUGCGGAGCCUGGGUUGUGGCGUGUAGGGCGCGCGGGGUAUUUGGAACGGUUGUGAAGAUGAUGGUCGAUUCUGGUCCAUCUGCAAAGCCUGGAGCUGCCACCAAUGUAUCAUCUGAAAAGGAUCGCUCAGGCAACGGUGAUUACGCCAGUGGACGAUGGAAAAGUGAGGAUGGAAGGCUAGCUUGUGGAUACUCCAGCUUCAGGGGAAAAAGAGCAAGCAUGGAGGACUACUAUGAUCUAAAAUCAGCUAAAAUUGAUGGACAAUCAAUUAGUCUUUUUGGAAUAUUUGAUGGACAUGGUGGCUCACGUGCCGCUGAAUAUUUAAGGAAUCACUUAUUUGACAACCUCACAAGGCACCCAAAAUUCAUGACAGACACAAAGCUUGCCAUAAGUGAAACAUAUAAAAAAACUGAUUCAGAUUUCUUGGAUGCUGAAUGCAAUACUUCCAGAGAUGAUGGUUCUACAGCUUCUACAGCUGUUUUGAUUGGCAAACACUUGUUUGUUGCUAAUGUUGGAGAUUCACGCGCCAUAGUAUCAAAAGCAGGAAAAGCAAUUCCUCUUUCUGAUGAUCACAAGCCCAACAGAAGUGAUGAGCGCAAGAGAAUUGAGGAUGCUGGAGGAGUUGUCAUGUGGGCUGGUACUUGGAGGGUUGGAGGUGUAUUGGCAAUGUCACGAGCAUUUGGUAACCGCCUUCUGAAACAAUUUGUUGUGGCAGAACCUGAGAUUCAGGAACAAGUGGUCGAUGAUGAAUUGGAAUUUCUGGUUUUGGCCAGUGAUGGGCUGUGGGAUGUGGUAACAAAUGAGGAUGCUGUAUCAAUCGUGAGAGCUGAAGAAGAACCUGAUGCUGCGGCUCGGAAGUUGACGGAGACCGCCUUCUCUCGUGGCAGUGCAGACAACAUAACAUGCAUCGUGGUCAGAUUCCAUCACGAGAAAACUAAAGUAGAUUCUCCUCCUCCUGCAGGUACUCAUGGUUGAUGUCUCGAUUCACCAUGUGGGAGCCUACUUGAUGCUCGGACGCCUUCGGUUUUAUAAAAUUUUUUACUCUCAGUCUAUUGUCGUAUGCACAACUUAUUAAUUAGAGGCUUUUCUAUCACCCACGUAGCAGUGAUCAUCAUGUCGUCGACUCUAUUACUCGACCCUUCCUGUUCUAGUUUCAUUUAUUAAUUUAUUUUUCGAGUGUAGGAAAUCCUCAAGCAACAUUCUCAUUAUAUUCUAUUACGAACUUUGUUGUUUGCCGACA